AAUCUUAUCUUAUCUCAUGAAUGAGUCUAUUGAGUCACCGGGACUAUAACCGUGUUGAUGUCUAAUAGUAGUGUUAUAAUAAAAUAAUCGCCGUCAAAUAAAAAUGAAAAAACAUUAUAUUGUGAAAACUUUUUUCUGUUUAUCGACUUUGUCUAUUUUGUUUUUAAUGUAUUUGUCAUUUCGAGAUUAUAAAUAUCAUUUUAUAAAAAGUGUUCGAAAUUAUACUGAGCUAUUGAGAGUGUUCUCUGAUGGAAAAAUACAACCGAUGAAGUAUAUACUCCAAUGGACUUCGGCUUCUGACGUGCCUUUCGUUUAUAUGGGAAAAGGUCGGGAUGGAUUCACAAGCAGAAACUGUCCUUACACUAAUUGUAUUGUUACAUCCGACAGGAAUCUUCUCGGUGACGUGACUAAAUUUGACGUCAUUGCUUUCAGUGGCCCUCAAGUGAGAUUUUAUAAGAAAAGUAUGCUGCCAACUGCACGAUCUCCGCAUCAAAAAUAUGUGUUCGCUUCAAUCGAAUCGUCUCAUUAUUAUCCAGUAUGCAACGAUCAGUUCAAUGAUUACUUCAACUGGACUUGGUCGUUCAGACUCGAUUCCGAUGUACGAUGGGGUUACAUGUUGAUUAAAGAUAAAAAUAAUACUAAAAUAGGUCCGAACAAAAUAAUGCACUGGUUGAAACCGGGCGAGAUGGACACAGUGACUCAAGAGUUUAAAGAGAAAUUAAAAACAAAGAAAAAAGCAGCUGCUUGGUUUGUGUCUAAUUGCUACGAUAGAGCCGGCCGAUUAAAAGUUGCAAAGAGUCUUAAAAAGGAACUAGAAAAAUACAACUUAUCAUUAGAUAUCUAUGGACGCUGUGGAAAUUUAAAGUGUCCUUCCUCUGAAGUGGAAGAUUGCGAGAAAAUGUUGCAAGAUGAUUAUUAUUUCUAUUUGUCGUUUGAAAAUUCAUUUAGUGAAGACUAUGUAACUGAAAAGCUGCGCAAAGCUUUAAACAAUAACGCCGUACCAAUUGUCUACGGUGGAGCUAAUUACACAAGGUUUAUGCCAGACGGGAUUUAUUUAAAUGCGAAAGAAACAACCGUCGAACAGAUAGCUAGUAAAAUGAACGAGUUGAUCAAAAAUCCUGAGAAAUACGCGGAUUAUUUUCGAUGGAGGAACCACUACUCGUAUCACAGUCUCCACGAUGAUCCAGAGACCGAUGAAUAUUGUAAUUUUUGUGCAAUACUUAAUAACGAGAAAAAAGUAAAGGAGCAUUCAAGCAUAAAGGACUUUAGAAAAUGGUGGAAUAAUCCUAAUUAUUGUUAACUGGAAUAUUGUUCUAAUAAUUGUAAUGAGCUUAACUAAUAGGGGUGAUGACGGGGUACAGUAAACGAAAUUCUAUUUAGUCCGUCAGUAAGAUGAUCAAAAAAUAAUGGACACGUAUUUUUUCUUUGGGCAAUCAACCAA